AUGGCGAAAAAAAAGACAAAUUCAGUAAAUGUCUUAGCAGAUGCUGAUGCAAAGAGUUUGGCUGAAAUGCUUAUGAGCAAGAACACCAGGACAUCAGAUACACUUAAUAAGCAGCAGCAGACACUGAGGAUGCACAUAGACAUUCCUAGAGCACAACUUCUGAUUGAGGAGAGGGACACGAUGGAGACCAUUGAUGACAGAUCAACAGUUCUGCUCACUGAUGCUGACUUUGGAGAGACGUCUAAGCAGAAGUCACUGACUGUCACCCACACAGUACAUUACCAGUCUGUGUCACAGGCUACAGGACCACUGGUGGAUGUUUCUGAUGCCCGGCCAGGAACAAAUCCUACCACAAGGAGGAGUGCCAAAACUGGACCCACAGCUCGCAACCGCUACGCUAGUCAGUGGACCCUCAACAGACCUCACCCCACCAUAUCAGCUCAUACCCUCACCACAGACUGGAGGCUGCCCACCCCCAGGCCAGCAGGAUCGGUGGACAAGGAAAGCGACAGCUACAGUGUCAGCCCCUCGCAGGACACAGAUAGAGCAAGAAGCAGCAUGGUCUCCACAGAAAGUGCCUCCUCAACAUAUGAAGAGCUAGCAAGAGCAUAUGAGCAUGCAAAAAUGGAAGAGCAGCUGAGACAUGCCAAGUUCACCAUUACAGAAUGCUUCAUAUCAGACACAUCAUCGGAGCAGCUCACGGCAGGGACUAAUGACUACACAGACAGUCUGACCUCAAGCACACCGUCAGAGUCAGGGAUUUGCAGGUUUACUGCAUCCCCCCCGAAACCUCAGGAUGGAGGGCGAGUGAUGAACAUGGCAGUUCCAAAGGCACAUCGGCCAGGUGAUCUCAUACAUUUGCCACCCUACCUUAGGAUGGACUUUUUAUUGAACCGUGGCAUGCAGGGCACGAGCAGAGACCUGGGUUUGGGGCAAGCCUGCUUGGAGCCGCAGAAAAGCCGAACCUUGAAGCGCCCCACCGUCCUGGAGCCGAUACCCAUGGAAACAUCCUCCACAAGAGAAGUACAGUCAUGGCAACCUGGUGCUGUGGCAACGUUACCUCAGCGAGAAGGAGCUGAGUUAGGACAGGCAGCAAAAAUGAGCAGCUCCCAAGAAUCCCUGCUGGACUCCCGGGGCCACUUGAAAGGAAACAAUCCCUACGCAAAAUCUUACACCCUGGUAUAACAAAAAGAGCAUGGCUGGACAGUGGCUGUAAAUAUUUACACUGAAAAAAAAAUCCAAUGAAAGCUACCUUUUUUUUAUUGAAUUCCAAUAUUUAUAAUUAAAGAAGAAGAUUGCCAAAAUAUUUGACAAAAAAAUAAUAAUAUGAACAACAGACAGUGCAAAGACUCUCUUGCUUUUUUUCUGUCUGAGUGUGAGCUUCAUCCAACUGGACAUCUGAAUUUUUGGGUAAAAGAGUCCAGUUUUCUGAUCUUCACAAACGUUUGUGUUUUUACUGAUUUUCUACGAAGUGCAUGGAGACUUAACUAAAACAUUUUAACUAGAAGUUCCAUCAGACAAGAUUUAAAAUGGAAAAAAAAAUACA